CCAUAUUUAUUCACUUUGGCAUUAUAAAAAAAAAAGGUUUUCAUUAGGCACACAAUAAUGACGGACAUCGAUUUAGAACAAGGAGGAGCUUUUGGAUAUCAUCACCGGAGGUCAUUGGACGGAAGUGACGUAAGCGUUUAUUAUUCAGACGGUGAAGAUGUGACGUCAUGCUACUCUUACUUCUAUUCAACGACUGGAGGAUCGUAUGAAUACGAAGGAGAUCAGUCGAGGAAAGUGUCGUCGGUGAUGAGUCCGUCGUCGGAGAUAGAUGAUGAUGAUGAUGAUGAUGCGUCGGCGCCGCCGGAGAAAGAUUGUCGUAUAUGUCAUAUGGGAGUGGAAACGAGCGGUGGAGGUGGGAUUGAAUUAGGGUGUUCUUGUAAAGAAGAUUUGGCUGUUGCUCAUAGACAAUGUGCUGAGACUUGGUUCAAGAUCAAAGGCGACAAAAUCUGCGAGAUUUGCCAAUCGGUAGCCCGAAACGUCGGUGGUGCGAACGAAAUGGUUGGGUCAACGAUGGAAGAGAGGGAGUUGAGAAACGGUGAGGAAACUGCGGCGGGAGGAGGCGGAGGAGCAACGGUGGUGGAGAACAGGUGGCAGCCACAGAGAGUGGGUUUAGUAGCAGCCGCUGACAAUUUUCUUUUCCUCAGAAGAGAAUGAGUGAGCGUAAAAGAGUUUUAGAUAAAUGUGUAAGAAGAGUCAGUCUAUGCCAUAGUUGUCUCUUUAGAGUCUUUGAUAUAUAAUGUGUACUUUCUUGUUGCUGUUCUGUUUCAGACGAUGUUGACUUCUUUUCCUUUCGUGUUGUGUAUUUGGGUUUCGGUUGUUAAGUCUAAACAAAGUAGUAAGCCUAUG